AUGACACAGGCCCCAACCAACCCCAACGCCCUCCAUCAUACAGGCCCCAACCAACCCCAACGCCCUCCAUCAUACAGGCCCCAACCAACCCCAACGCCCUCAUCACACAGGCCCCAACCAACCCCAACUCCCUCCAUCACACAGGCCCCAACCAACCCCAACUCCCUCCAUCACACAGGCCCCAACCAACCCCAACGCCCUCCAUCACACAGGCCCCAACCAACCCCAACGCCCUCCAUCACACAGGCCCCAACCAACCCCAACGCCCUCCAUCACACAGGCCCCAACCAACCCCAACUCCCUCCAUCACACAGGCCCCAACCAACCCCAACGCCCUCCAUCACACAGGCCCCAACCAACCCCAACGCCCUCCAUUACACAGGCCCCAACCAACCCCAACGCCCUCCAUCACACAGGCCCCAACCAACCCCAACGCCCUCCAUUACACAGGCCCCAACCAACCCCGACUCCCUCCAUCACACAGGCCCCAACCAACCCCAACUCCCUCCAUUACACAGGCCCCAACCAACCCCAACUCCUCCAUCAUACAGGCCCCAACCAACCCCAACGCCCUCCAUCAUACAGGCCCCAACCAACCCCAACUCCUUCCAUUACACAGGCCCCAACCAACCCCAACGCCCUCCAUCACACAGGCCCCAACCAACCCCACCUCCUUCCAUUACACAGGUCCCAACCAACCCCAACGCCCUCCAUUACACAGGCCCCAACCAACCCCACCUCCUUCCAUUACACAGGCCCCAACCAACCCCAACGCCCUCCAUCACACAGGCCCCAACCAACCCCAACGCCCUCCAUUACACAGGCCCCAACCAACCCCAACGCCCUCCAUCACACAGGCCCCAACCAACCCCAACUCCCUCCAUCACACAGGCCCCAACCAACCCCAACGCCCUCCAUUACACAGGCCCCAACCAACCCCAACGCCCUCCAUCACACAGGCCCCAACCAACCCCAACGCCCUCCAUUACACAGGCCCCAACCAACCCCAACGCCCUCCAUCACACAGGCCCCAACCAACCCCACCUCCUUCCAUUACACAGGCCCCAACCAACCCCAACGCCCUCCAUCACACAGGCCCCAACCAACCCCAACGCCCUCCAUUACACAGGCCCCAACCAACCCCAACGCCCUCCAUUACACAGGCCCCAACCAACCCCACCUCCUUCCAUCACACAGGCCCCUACCAACCCCAACUCCUUCCAUUACACAGGCCCCAACCAACCCCAACUCCUUCCAUUACACAGGCCCCAACCAACCCCAACGCCCUCCAUCACACAGGCCCCAACCAACCCCGACUCCCUCCAUUACACAGGCCCCGACUCCCUCCAUUACACAGGCCCCAACCAACCCCAACAUCACACAGGCCCCAACCAACCCCAACUCCUUCAUUACACAGGCCCCAACCAACCCCGACUCCCUCCAUUACACAGGCCCCAACCAACCCCAACGCCCUCCAUCACACAGGCCCCAACCAACCCCAACUCCCUCCAUCACACAGGCCCCAACCAACCCCAACGCCCUCCAUCACACAGGCCCCAACCAAGCGUAACUCCCUCCAUCACACAGGCCCCAACCAACCCCAACGCCCUCCAUCACACAGGCCCCAACCAAGCGUAA